AUGUCCGCAUACAUCCCUGAAGACUUGGUCCUUGAAAUUCUCCCGGGGCUUCCCCUAAAAUGUCUUAUUCGAUUCCGAUCCGUCAGCAAAUCUUGGGCCACCCUCAUCGGCACUCCAGAUUACCUCUCCAAAAGUCUCAUCAACGAUUGCAUUCUCGCCAACCCCAGCCAUCAACUCCUCUUCGUAAAACGCGCCCCCGAAUCCACAGACGGAAGACUGUCUUACUCGUUCCUAUGCUACAGCACUCUUGCCUCUGCCUCUGACUCUAAAACCCUUCAAGAUCUUCCGUUACAAAGCCCGUAUGAUAUUAAGAUUGUGGGUUGCUGUAAUGGCUUGCUCUGUCUCUUUGACUACUACUGCACCAGCAACAUCGUUGUCUGGAACCCCACCACGGAGGAGUUCAUGUUCCUCCCUCACGCUUGGGACGUGGAAACCGUCUGUUUCGGUUUCGACCCGAUACACGAAGAGUUUAAGGUUUUGAGGAUUCGCUAUGUGCCGGAGAGUGAUGAGACGUAUCUCCCUCCUUACUUGGCUGAUCGUGUCCAUCUGAACCAGGAAGUGGAGGUUUAUAGCCUAAGCGGUGGUUCUUGGAGAAAUCUUGUCGUCGAUAUUGAAGUGCCUAAGUUUCAAGGAGUCGAUUCACCUUAUAUGAAUGGUGUCUGUUUCUGGUUGGCGCUAAGUUAUUAUGGGGACGAGAAGAUUGUUGCGUUCGACGUGUGCGAUGAGGUGAUCCGAACGAUGGCAUUGCCCGAUUAUAGUCUUGCAUAUGGUGAAAUUACUUGGAGGACUCUCACCGUACUAAAAGAAUCGGUUGCUUUGAUAGUUUAUCCUCGUAAUAAUGGGGAGGAGAUCAGAUUCUUCGAUAUAUGGCUGUUACUCGAGUUUGGUGUUAAAGAAUCUUGGAUUCGGCUGGUGAGGAUCGUACCCAUUUGCGACUUUGGAUGGCCGUUGGGGUUUUGGAAGAGGGGCGAAUUGUUUAUAGUGUGCAGAGAUCUGGGGGAGCUUGUAUUGUAUGACCCUUUUACUCAGACAGUAAGAACUCUACAGCUUGAUGGGGAGUGGUUCCAUGUUCUACCUUUCACCCGUAGUUCAGUUGGGAUCAACGGAUCGGGAUUUUUAGAUGGUUAG